AUGAGAUCUACACCUUCCCUCGUCGAUGAGGGGCACGUCGAUAACAGUAGCGGUGACGAGAAGGAUGAAGGAAAAGAAGAAGAUGCAAUAACAACAACUCCUCUUCCUCCUUCCGAUCUCGAGAAGAGCGAUACUCGGGCCUCUUCGGUUAUGGAAUACUCAGCCUUCCCCAAAGGCAUGAAGCGAUAUAUUGUCAUUUGCUCGUCGUGUGCUGGGUUCUUUUCGCCCUUGUCGUCGCAGAUUUAUUUUCCGGCAUUGAAUACUCUGGCUUCUGAUCUGCAUGUGUCAAUUGGGUUGAUCAAUUUGACCAUGACUAGCUACAUGAUCUUCCAAGGUAUCGCGCCGAUCUUCGUUGGGGAUUUCGCAGACAAGGCUGGCAGAAGACCUGCGUACUUUUUCUGCUUUGUCAUUUAUCUGUGUGCCAAUAUCGGACUGGCUCUACAGAACAGCUAUGCUGCUCUCCUUGUCCUUCGAUGCCUGCAAAGUGCCGGCAGCAGCACCACUAUCGCACUUUCUGCAGGCGUCGUAGCCGAUGUUGCAACUGUUGCUGAGCGAGGUGGCUACAUGGGCUUUGUGACGGCCGGUUCUCUCUUGGGCCCAGCGCUGGGCCCGACUAUUGGCGGUUUGUUAUCGCAAUAUCUGGGCUGGAGAUCGAUCUUCUGGUUUCUGGUGAUCAUAGCCGCCAUCUGGCUCGUGCAGUUUUUUAUUUUCUAUCCAGAGACUGCGCGAAAAGUGGUGGGAAAUGGCUCAAUUCCGCCUCCCACGUGGAACAUGUCUCUGAGCAGCUAUCUCAAAGCUCGCAAGACUUCCGAAGAGGACCGCAUAGCCGCGGAGCAAAUGCUUGACCCCGCCUCUCGCAAGCUUUCGUUCCCCAAUCCGUUGCCCACGCUGGCCAUUGUCUUCCAGAAAGACACGAGUCUAUUGCUCAUCUCAAACUCGAUUUUGUUUGCCGGCUUCUACGAUGUUGGGGUGGCCAUCACAUCCAUAUAUCGGAGCACCUACCACCUGACUGACCUCCAAAUAGGACUAUGCUACCUGCCCUUUGGCGUCGGGUCUGCCCUGGCAGCUCUCAUAAAUGGCCAGUUUCUAAACUACAACUACCGACGAAUUGCCAAACAGAUCGGCAUGCCUCUAGUACGUAACCGACACACCGACCUCAAAGAUUUUCCCAUUGAAAAGGCCCGACUGCAAAUGGCAUUUCCCCUAAUAGCGGGCGCUGUCUGCCUGGUGAUUGCCUUUGGUUGGUGUGUCGAUUUCGAGACGCAUCUGGCCGCGCCGACGGUGAUUGUUUUUUUCCUAGGAUUCUGCUUGACCGGCUCGUUUAACACUGUCAGCACGCUGCUCAUUGACCUUUACCCGACCACCGCGGCGACUGCUACUGCGGCGAGCAACAUCACCCGUUGUCUUUUGGGCGCUGGAGCGACGGCGGUCAUCGAGCCUAUGUUCAAGGCAAUGGGGAGGGGCUGGUGCUAUACGUUUAUUGCGCUGCUCAUGGCCUGCACUGGACCUUUACUGAUGCUGCUGGUUCGAUAUGGACCCAAGUGGAGAGAGGAGCGGCGGGUGCGACAGGAUGAAAGUGAAAAACAAUAG